AUCAUCUUAAUCAUCUCGACUCCUUGUUCGAGUCCCAGCCCCUUUGGUGACACGGCGAGGCCCGAUCAACCAUCGUCAUCGAUGCCAAGCAGCAACCUUGAAAGAAGCUCUCCUUCGCCUGACUUCUUCUCACUUCGCCCUCACAUCAUUGUUCACGCGAUCGUCCCCUCUUCUCUCUUUUUUCUCUCUCUUGCUCUGUAUUCCUUGUUCAUCUCCUCCUCUUGGACCGCUCGAGGUCUUGUGAAUGCCUUGCGCCCUUCUCCCUCUGUGCAGAAGGAGCCUAUCGGUCGCUACAACUUUUACACCCUCUUCCUCGUCCGCGUCGCCGCCUCACCACCACCACCAUCAGCCUCUCACCAAACCUGUUUCCUCCACGUCUCCUGACACGUCCCCCACUUCUCUCUGGUCGCAUGCUCAAUUUACUUCCACAUCGUCGACCUUUAUUUCUCCUCCCAAUCGCCGAGUGACCCAUUGGCGUCAGAAUCUUCUCCAGCGGUCCUUCACCUAUCCCGCCGCGACAUUUGCAAUCAGCAGCACCCAGAUACCUCUUCGGACAUUUUCUUCUCUCGUGUCGUCUGCUCGUCCAGUAUCCCGUGCCUCCUCACCUGCCUACAAAAUGGAUCUGAAUGGUGACGCCAGCGCAAAGCGCAAGCGCAGCUCCGUCGCCACAAACGCAGAUCAUCCCGCCAAACACCUCAAGCCAGAAAGCUCCGUCCUGACACCGGGGGAUACAACACCGGCAAAUGGGACCGUGUAUGAUAUCGAAGAUGACGAGGAUGCCAGCCGUAUGUUAGCAAUUGGGCCCGCCCAGGCCGAUUCGCCGGAAUGGCAAGCAACCAUUGAGACGGUCGUAAAGAGUGUAGUUUCCAUUCACUUCUGUCAAACUUGCUCUUUUGAUACAGAUUUGUCUAUGAGCAGUCAGGCUACGGGAUUCGUCGUCGAUGCGGAGCGUGGAUACAUUUUGACUAACCGGCAUGUUGUCUGUGCGGGACCGUUCUGGGGUUACUGUAUCUUUGAUAACCAUGAGGAAUGCGACGUUCGUCCUGUAUACCGAGAUCCCGUGCACGACUUUGGUCUGCUUAAGUUCGACCCCAAGGCUAUUCGAUACAUGAAACUCACAGAACUCAAGCUCGCACCCUCCGCCGCUCGAGUAGGAUCUGAAAUUCGAGUUGUCGGUAAUGAUGCGGGAGAGAAACUUAGUAUCUUGUCCGGUGUUAUUAGUCGGUUGGAUAGGAAUGCGCCCGAGUAUGGCGAGGGUUACAGUGAUUUCAAUACAAACUACAUUCAGGCCGCCGCUGCUGCUAGCGGUGGUAGUUCGGGCAGUCCCGUAGUCAACAUCGAUGGUCAUGCCAUUGCAUUGCAGGCCGGUGGUCGAGCGGACGGCGCAGCGACAGAUUAUUUCCUGCCGCUGGACCGUCCCCUCCGUGCCUUGGAGUGUGUUCGUCGGAACGAGCCAGUUACCCGUGGUACGAUUCAAACACAGUGGAUUCUCAAGCCUUUCGACGAAUGUCGUCGUCUGGGCUUGACUCCGGAGUGGGAAGCGGCCGUCCGUCACGCAGCUCCCACCGAAACUAGUAUGCUGGUGGCAGAAAUCAUUCUCCCUGAAGGUCCUGGAGAUGGGAAACUUCUGGAAGGAGACGUCCUGCUACAGGUCAAUGGGGAGCUCCUUACUCAAUUCAUUCGAUUGGACGAUAUCCUCGACUCAAGCGUCGGGAAGUCAGUGAAGCUGCUGGUCCAGAGAGGCGGCGAGAACGUGGAGCUUGAAUGCCAGGUUGGCGAUCUCCAUGCCAUCACUCCCGAUCGCUUUGUGACUGUGGCCGGUGGCACCUUCCAUGACCUUUCCUACCAACAGGCUCGACUGUACGCCAUUCCCGUUCGCGGAGUCUACGUCUGCGAAGCGGCCGGAUCGUUCAAGUUGGAGAACACCCUGUCUGGGUGGAUUAUCGAUUCGGUCGAUAAGCGACCGACUCGGAACCUUGAUGAAUUCGUCGAGGUGAUGAAGACCAUUCCUGAUCGCUCCCGUGUGGUCAUUUCGUAUCGACACAUUCGCGACCUCCACACUCGGGGUACGAGCAUCGUCUAUAUCGACCGUCACUGGCACCCCAAGAUGCGUCUGGCUGUCCGCAAUGAUGAGACUGGUCUUUGGGACUUUUCCGACCUCGCAGGUCCUAUCCCAGCAGCUCCCCCAGUUCCGAGAAAGGCCGACUUUAUUCAAUUGGACGGUGUGAGCCAGCCUGCUGCUGCUGAGAUUGUGCGCAGUUUUGUGCGCGUAUCGUGCACUAUGCCUUUGAAGCUUGAUGGAUACCCUCAGGCCAAGAAGACCGGCUUUGGUUUGGUGAUUGAUGCCGAUAAGGGUCUGGUUGUCGUUUCGCGGGCUAUUGUGCCAUAUGACCUCUGCGACAUCAACAUCACCGUGGCCGACUCUGUCAUCGUCAGUGCUAAGGUUGUCUUCCUGCACCCGCUGCAGAACUACACCAUCAUUCAGUACGACCCCAGCCUCGUUGAGGCGCCAAUUCAAAGUGCUAGACUCAGCAGAGAGUUCAUCAAGCAGGGACAGGAUACGAUCUUUGUUGGGUUCAACCAGAACUUCCGCAUUGUGGUGGCCAAGACAGCCGUCACGGAUAUCACAACCGUGUCGAUUCCCGCCAACGCCUCCGCGCCGCGCUAUAGGGCGAUUAACUUGGACGCCAUCACCGUCGACACCGGUCUUAGUGGACAGUGCACAAAUGGUGUAUUGAUCGGUGAAGACGGUGUUGUUCAAGCACUGUGGCUGAACUAUCUUGGUGAACGCACCCCGAGCACACACAAGGAUGUUGAGUACCAUCUUGGAUUCGCCACUCCUUCGCUGCUCCCUGUCACCUCCAUGAUCCAGCAAGGGGUCAUCCCUAAGUUGCGUAUUCUGAACAUGGAGAGCUAUGUGGUUCAGAUGAGCCAGGCUCGUAUCAUGGGCGUGUCAGAGGAAUGGAUCCAGAAGGUUACCAAGGCCAACCCGUCGCGACACCAGCUCUUCAUGGUGCGCAAGGUAGACUCGUCGCCAUUCUCCUCCAAUGUCGACGCGUUGCAGGAGGGUGAUAUCAUCCUGACUCUCGAUGGUCAACUUAUUACUCGCGUCUCCGAAUUGGAUAUCAUGUACGAUAAGGAGGUUUUGGAUGCACUUAUCGUGCGAAACGGCCAGGAAAUGCAGAUCCAGGUGCCGACGGUGUCAACAGAGGAUCUGGAGACUGAUCGAGCUGUUGUUUUCUGUGGUGCCGUGUUGCAGAAGCCGCAUCAUGCUGUCUGUCAGCAGAUUUCCAAGCUGCACAGUGAAAUCUACGUCAGCGCAAGGAGUCGCGGUUCCCCUUCUUACCAAUACGGACUCUCCCCAACCAACUUUGUCACAGCCGUCAACGGCAUUCCGACACCGAACCUCGAUCGCUUCGUGAAAGAAGUUAGCAAGAUUCCAGACAAUACAUACUUCCGACUGCGUGCAGUCACUUUUGACAACGUCCCAUGGGUCGUCACCAUGAAGAAAAAUGACCACUACUUCCCCAUGUCCGAAUACAUCAAGGACCCAUCCAAACCCUCUGGCUGGCGAACCAUUUCCCACGACAAGGGCAAGCACAAGGACGGCAUCGCCGCAGAUGCAGCCAACCUUAACCCAGACGCGAUGGAACAGGGUUUCGAAGACGUAAGCGAUAUCGAGCCCGAUGCGGAAACGGAUUAAAAGUCGGCGGGGUGAUGUUUUGUAUAAUAUAAUACAUAAGAUAGAUAGGCUCUUGAUGCGCCAUUUAAAAAUUGCGCUGUAUGUAUACGUAUUUAGAAUGCUGGUUACUGGGCUGUACAUGAUAUAUACAGUGUGUUUGGAUUUGAAAAGGAAAAAUUAAUAUGAUUCUUAUUUAUUGGUUGGA